AUGGAUGUGGUUACUCAGAGUAACGAUGGUGGAGACAACAAUGAAUCGAAUACUCUAUCAUUUAUAUUCUCUGACAAUGACAACUUUCAGCAAGAGAUCAAUGAAUUGUAUUCCUACGCAGAGUUAUCUCUACUAAGAAAGUUAGAUUUAUCAACAUUGUUUAUAAAUGAUUUAGAGAAAUAUAGAGGUGAUAAUAAACAAUGGAUAGAUUUGAAUGAACAAGAUAGAUUGGAUUAUAUUGAUCAUACCUUACAGUACUUGGAGUGUUCACCGAGUAGCAGUAGUGAACACUAUCAGAGAUACCUAUCUAAAGCACAUAUACUACUGUACAUUGCACAAGGUUGUACUUCAACGAUUGCUCAUCAACCAGAUCAACAAAAACAACACAAUCAAACUGUCUCAUCACUAUCCAUCGCCAACUCAAAGUUACUGAGAUCGAUCAACGCCAUUUCAAUAUUAUUAAAAUCAUUAUUAUUUUCAUCAAAUUUAUCAAAUAGUAGUCGCCAUGUUAGUGAUGAACAUCAGCAACAGCAGCAACAACAACAACAGCAGCAUCAUCAUGUUAGAGGAAAUAAGACACCACCAAAGAUCAAUACAAAGAGAGCUGAUCAUCUUAUGUCAGUGCUACUAAAUAUUAUCUAUCAUAUUUUGGUUGCGAAUCAAGAUGACCCUACAUUCAGAGAAGAGAUGCAACAUUUUGAAGAUGACAAUGAAAUCAUUGCAACAAUGCUCGAACUUACAUCACAAUUCAAUGAGAUCGAAGGAAAUAGAUACCCAAUCAAAAAGAUAUUGCUAGUUCUAUGGAAAUCAAUGAUUGUUCUAUUCGGUGGAUUCAAUCAACUCAUCGAAAUGAAAGAUAAAAGAUUACAAUCUAUAAAUUAUAGUAAAGAAACACCAAAGACAUCACCUUAUGAUGUAUAUAGUUUUAUUAAAGGUACCAGUAGAUUUCAUUAUCAUCUGAGGAAUGCACAGACCUAUAGAGUUACUUCGCAUCUUGUACAUACGAAUGGAGCAUCUUCUACUUCACCCAAUCCAAUGGUCAACAACACCAACAAGAAGUAUGAUAUGUUCAAACUACCUAAUGCUCUCGGUGAAUCAUUGAGAGUAUUGGAAAAGAAUCUAUAUCCACCACCACCACUCUACAAAGAGAUAGGUGUUAUAAUACCAGAUAAUAAUAGUAAUAAUAAUAAUAAUAAUAAUGAACAACAACAACAACAACAGGAGCAACAAGAAUUUUUACCAAGAUUAUUAAAAUAUAACUCUAACAGUAAAGAGACUAUGUCAAUGUUUGAAAGAUUCUAUUCUUCGAAUAUCAAUGGUAUGUCAAAGAUUAUCAUUGUAUUCCUAAAGAUAUUGUUGGCUGCAGUACCAGGUGUAAAGAGUUAUACAGGUCCAAUCAACUUGAUGUCUGAAAUUAUCAUUGAUUCAUCUUCACCUGGACAUUCAGCAAGUUUAGUAGAGACAAUGCAAUCUGCAGUUGAUUUCCUAAGACACAAAGAAAUCAUUUCUAAAUCAUUACUGGCAAUAUUAUUAUUGAUUUUGAAACAUGCAAAAUAUAAUCAAAUAUUACAAUUUGAAUAUAUAACACAGAUCAUAUAUGAAUCGAAUGGAUUAGUAUUAUUAUAUAAACAUCUCUCACAUGAAUCAAUAGAUAAAUAUAUCAUGUCACAAAACAAUGUAUUAUCAGAAGAGUUCUAUCCAAUUAUACAAGACACUCAAAAUAAUAAUAUCAGCAAUAAUAAUAAUAAUAAUAACAAUGAAUGUUGGAGAAAUAUAUUUAGUACAAUAUGUGUAUUGAGAAUAAUCCAAAAGAUAUCAAAGUACAACCCAUCAAGAUUCACUGUGAUUACUCCUACUAAAGCAGUUAAUAUACUUAAAAAGUAUAGUGUAAUAGAACAGAAAUCAAUUAAAAUGUAUAGUUUAAAGAUAAUUAAGAAUUUAAUACCUUAUCUAGCAAGGAAAUGGAGACAAAAUAAUAUGAAAGUUAUCACCGAUAUAUUCUUAGAAGUACCAAUACAUAUCAAUGAUAUUUGGUUAUCGAGUCAAAGUGAAUUAACACUACAACAAUCGACUGAAAUGGAGGUUUCAAUAUCAGAUAGAAUAGAAGAAUAUCAUCAAAAGAACUAUGAACAAUGGUAUGACUUUAGGAAUGGUGGAACUUUGAAAUACUCUGUUGAUAAUCAACUCGGUAUGAAUGAAAUUGACUUUUUGUAUAAUAGUAUCGAACUCAACACCGACGAGAAGGAGCAUGCCGCUGGCUUGGCAGAGAUCUACUCUGACCAAUCAUCUGUAAUCUCAGUGACAGACAAACUUGAAGAUAUGCUCCUCUCUGAGAAAUGGAAUUUACAACAACCAUCCUUCUCAUUAAGAGAUCCAUUUAAAGAUGACUAA